AUGUACUGGGCUGCUGGCAUCGCUUCUUCCCGGCCGUGUGUGGUUGAACUCGGGCGUAAUCACAGCCUGCCUCUCGGGCUGUGCGGCUCCGAGCAGCAGCAGUCUUUAUAUGGCUAUAUCAUCGCCUUCCCUUUGCAGGACUACGGAGGCAUCAUGACGGCUCUGGGCUCGGACUCCUGGUGGAAGAAGACCCUCUACAUCACCGGGGGGGCCCUGCUGGCUGCUGCAGCCUACCUACUGCAUGAACUGCUCGCCAUCAGGAAGGAGCAGGAGUUGGACUCUAAAGAUGCCAUCAUCCUCCAUCAGUUCUCCAGGCCAAAGAACGGUGUGCCCAGCCUGUCACCCUUCUGCCUCAAAAUAGAGACGUACCUACGCAUGGUGGACCUGCCCUACCAGAACUACUUUGAUGGGAAGCUGUCGCCACAGGGGAAGAUGCCCUGGCUCGAGUACAACCACGAGCAGGCUUCAGGGUCAGAGUUCAUCGUGGACUUCCUGGAGGAGAAGCUGGGCGUCAACCUCAACAAGAACCUCACCCCACAGGAGAGAGCCGUGUCCAGAGCUGUCACCAAAAUGGUCGAGGAACACCUGUACUGGACAAUAGCCUACUGUCAGUGGGUGGACAAUCUGGAGGAAACCCAGAAUCUUCUGGCGAUGAGCGGCCCUCUGAGCGACACGCUGAAGUGGCUGCUGAGCCAUCUGAACGGCAGCAUGGUGCGCAGGGAAAUGUACGGCCACGGCAUCGGACGCUUCUCAAAGGAGGAAGUCUACGCCUUGAUGGAGAAGGACAUGAGGACACUGGCCACCUUGCUGGGAGAUAAGAAGUACUUUAUGGGUUCUAAGAUGUCGACAUUAGACGCCACAGUGUUUGGGCAUCUGGCUCAGGCCAUGUGGACCCUACCUGGGACACGACCAGAGCAACUCAUUAAAGGAGAGCUGAUUAACCUGGCCAUGUUCUGUGAGCGGAUGCGGAGAAAGUUCUGGCCUGAGUGGUUUGUGGAGGUGGAGGAUAUUUAUUAUGACGGAGACAGUGAGAGCAGCAGCGGCGGUGGCGGCUCCCCUACAGGCCUGCUGGACUUUGGCCUCUUCUCCAGGACUGACACUCUGGAAGACAGCGACGCCAGCAGCCACUCGGCCGGACACACACACUCAAACACACCUGACUCCGAGCCCUCGCUCUUUGACUCAGACGUGGGCACGGGCUCUGACAAUGACAUUCAGCUCAAGGAGGAGAUAAUGCCCGACCUGGAAGUUUGA